AUGAGCGUAUUACUAAUUUUUGGCGAGAUUAACGGUACCACGAGUAGAGAUUCUUGGAUUCAUGGCGAACCGCACAAAUCAAGUCAUCCACAAAUCACUAUCCUAUUUCGCGGUGCGGAACAAACGCGGCACGCUUUACAAAAAGAGAAAAAAGAAAACGGAAAAACCUAUAAAGACUAUGUUACGACACCUUUAAUAACUACUGUAGAAAACGAUACUUAUCCAACGACCACUGUAAGCUUUCCAGCAAUUGCCAUCUGCUCCUUUAACAGGAUAAGUCGGCAAUCCGCGACGGAUCUGGCGACCAACAUUUUUAACUCAAGUAUUACGAACAAGACGAUCGAUGAAAUUCUCGACAUAAUCAGGCAUUUGGGAAAUCUCUAUAGUUCCUUUUUCCACGCGGAUGUAACUCAUAGUGAGGAAGUAGAUAAUCUUUUAACAACUUAUUUUAAGAAGCCUUACGAUGUUACCAAUAUAAUGAAAAAUCUUACACCACAAUGUUCGAUGAUGCUAGUAACAUGUAAGCUGCAUGGGCAGCACAGAAACUGUUCAGAUAUUUUCGAAUUUCGCAAGACGCAGGACGGAUUCUGUUGCACCUUCAAUUACGCGCGUGAAAGCGAUGACAUUCCCAAUUACGACCAAAUAGACGCUGCAAUAAAGCCUGAUGAAAUCAAAGUGAUGGAUAUAGGAAUAGAUCGUGGUUUAACGGUUGUAAUGGAUCCACUUUUGGAUGAUUACUUCUACUCAAUGUUGCCUAUGACAGGUUGGAAGGCAAGUAGAAACGGUAUACAUGCCAUUUAAUAAAUCGGAAAAGCAACAGUGAUGUCUAAUAUCCCACAUUUUCGAGAACAAUUUUAUUUCAGAGCUAAAAUUAAAUCCGUAAAUAAGGAAAAGUUAUUUAUUAUUCAUGCAAAAUUAAAAUUUAGAGAAUUUUUCU